AUGUCAGCGCCCGCCUGUGUCGCAGAUGAUGUGGUGCUUCGACUUGCUCCUGCCGUGCGCCCCUCCCCUUCUCCAGGGAUGUGGGCCAGCCCCCUCCUCCUCCUCCCACUCUCCCUUGAUGACGCGCUAUCGCCCACGCUCCAGAUUUUAGCCCCACCUCCCCUCGAACUCGAAUGCUGCGCACCCCUCCCCUCGAGUAGGGAUGUGGGUGACUAUGAACACCCCUCUGACCACCCUAAUCAACUCUCUGCCCUCUCUGCCUCCCAGCUCUCUCGCCUCUCGCACUCGCAUUUCCCCUCAACAGGGAUGAGGGCAAUGCCCUUCGUCCUUCCACCCUCCUUCCUCCUGUCAAUGCCUGCUGCCGCCUUUCCUCGUCUCCCUCUCCUCUCCUCCACUUCCCCCAUCCUGGGAGCCACAGCAUCUUAG